AACACCAAUUUCAGCAAUAAAAUGCAAACAAGUCUGUGACGUACUCACACAAACAUCACACAGCACCAGGACUUACUAUCAUCAAACAGAGCCCCCCCAGCUCUCUUUCUCUCUCCCCUCCUCUCUCUCUCUCUCUACACCUCUCUCAGCAGCAGAAGGAGCAUCCUAUAGGCUAAUCAGUUGGUAGUUUCGGUCCAGCAUCCUCCACCACCUCCCAGAAGAGGAAAGUCGACAACCGGUGCGUGCGAGGUGUUUUUGUCCGCUGCCAUGGUGGGAAUUACGGAUCUCGUGUGCCUUCUCGUCCCGCUGGUGAUGCUCGCGGGCUCUACCUUCCAGACCGACGUGAAGAGCGUCAAAGAGACGGAAAAAACGGGGAAUUUCAUGGAAGACGAGCAGUGGCUGUCCACCAUUUCACAGUACAGCCGCAAGAUCAAGCACUGGAAUCGCUUCAGAGAUGAGGUAGAGGAUGAUUAUGUUCGUACGUGGGAUGAAAAUCAAGGUUCGAGUGACAAUGUAGACACCACCAAGGACCCCUGUCAAAAGGUUAAGUGCAGCCGACACAAGGUGUGUAUCGCCCAGGGCUACCAGAGAGCUGUGUGUGUAAACCGCAAGAAACUUGAGCACAGACUGAAGCAACCCACUCUCAGGUCCCCUGAUGGAAACUGUCAGCCCUGCCCCAUCUCCUCCACAGGGCCGGUUUGUGGAUCAGAUGGACACAACUACGCCUCAAAGUGCAAGCUGGAGCAGCAGGCAUGUCUUACGGGGAAGGAUCUUACCCUGAAGUGUUCAGGUCUGUGUCCUUGUCCAACUGCUGUCCCUACAGCCAAGGAGAAUAAACGCGAGAGCUGCACUGGACAGGAUCUGGCUGAUCUUGGUGAGCGUCUGAGGGACUGGUUCCAACUGCUGCAGACCAAUGCCAAGCAGAGCAACAACAGCAAGCCUGGAGCCAGAACCACUGCAGCAGGCGCCACAUCAGUGCUGGACAGGAGCCUGGUGGCCAGCUGUAAGGACUCCAUAGGCUGGAUGUUCUCCAAGCUGGACACCAACAGUGACCUGUACCUGGACCAGGCCGAGCUGGCUGCCAUCAACUUGGACAAGUAUGAGGUCUGCAUCCGGCCCUUCUUCAACUCCUGUGACUCCUACAGGGACGGCAAGGUCUCUACUGCUGAGUGGUGCCUCUGCUUCUGGAGAGAGAAACCAUCCUGCCUGGCUGAACUCGAGAGAAUCCAAGUACUAGACGGUGGCAAGAGAAAGUUUGGUCGAUUCAUCCCCAGCUGCGAUGAGGACGGCUACUACAGGAAGCAGCAGUGUGACAGGGGAGAGUGCUGGUGUGUUGACCAAAACGGAGGAGAAGUAGCCGGAUCUAGGAUUCGUGGCAAGCCAGACUGCGAUGAUGAAAUGGCAUAUUCAGGUGAUUUUGGCAGUGGAGUUGGAUGGGAGGACGAAGAAGAGAAAGAAGCUGAGGAGACUGCAGAGGAAGCUGAAGAGGAAGAGGGAGAGGUGGGAGAGGUGGAUGAUGGGGGCUAUAUCUGGUAAAGGGCCAGUGUGUAGUCCAACAUCUCUACAAGAGCAUCUCGGUGGUCCCAACCACAAACAUCCCCACACACACACACACACACACACACACACAACACAGAUCCUGAAAAGAAAUGGACACGGUGAAGCUCUCACACUCAGAACAACACUGGCUUAUGAACAAACAAAGGAGGGGGUUGCAAGGGAUUGGGAAAGGGGAGAUACAUUAUGUAAAGGUAGUAUUUAAUGUUACAAGAUGUUCUUAAAAUGGGCUGGGGAAGGGGAAAUAUCACUAUUAAGAAAUUCUGGGUAUGGAGUCAAGAAUUUUGUCCCCCUAUGCUUGUGAAUCUUUGUUCUCUUCUGUUGUAUGUCCUUUGAAGCAUCUUUGAGCAGUUUUUAGCUGAUGCAUAAUGGAGACUCUAAGCAGCUGCAGGUGCUAGACAUGUGCUUGCAUUAAAAAAAAAUGGAGAAAGACUGGGUGCAUUUCACUAGUCCAAACCGGCCUCUUUCAUCUUAUCUUUCUGCAGAUUAACAAAAUUUAGAUAACCAGCUUUGAUUUUAGGCAGGAAACAGGCAAUUAAGAGAGGAAGCCACUUUAGAGUAUUGAAAAGCACCCUUUUUCAUGUCAUACGCUUCGGCUCAUAUGUGACAGUAGUGCUCUGUCUCAUUCAUGACUCAUGGAAAAAAAGUUUCUGACGUAUCACUCUUUAGCUUGUAUAUAAUGUGUGUAUCAGAAGACUGAUUGUCACCUAUUAGUCCCGUUAUCAAUGCCUUGAAAGACUGGCAGAAUAUACUGCUUAGUUGUCAAGUGUACAUCGUAUCAUUAUGUGGAUCAAUUAUUGUGUUUAAUAAAAAAUAAAUAAAUAAAUAAAACAAAAUAAACUGGUCUUUGUGGCCCAGCUGGCCA